UUCCUGCUGACCACAGGAAAGGGCGGUGGGGUUAGGAAGUGGUCCUUUGUUCUGUUGAAUGUUUUAUGUUUUGCACACUUGAAAACUUGAAGCUUUGCUCUCUGAUCACAGCUUUCAAAAUAUUUGACCCUUUUCCCUGGACCUGUAUAGAACGCAGAAGAGAAUCCGAUGUACCUUGUUGAUUUCAGGGGUUUUUGAAGGGAAGGUGGGGGAAACCAGAUAGCACACAGAGCCGGUAGAUGCACAGCGGCAUGAAUGUCCUACAGCCUGCAAAAGAAGGAGUAGAGAUCCAUUAGCUGGGACCUCCGUGAAAGCUGCCGUGGCAUUUCUUUCAGAUCCAGCCAGCCUCCUCUCCACUCAUCCAAAGCCAGAUCUGAUGAGCAGGGAGGGACUUCCUUGUGUCUUCAUCUAAACCUCCCUCUCCAAGCACUGUGUCUUUGCUGUUUGCUCUGGAGUUUGGGGCAGUCAGAAAAGUUUGCAGAUCUUGCCUGCGCAGCAACGCGCAGCUCACUUUCUUUAACUUGCUGCCUUGGGCAUAACUUCCUUUCGGUAACCAGCAAAGCAAGAGCCUCGGACUGCACAGGGAAAGAAAUAUCCACAGAUCCCAGAUCUGCAUAGAAGGGCUGCGUCCAGAGAAAGCUGACCAGGUUCUACAGCAACAAAACACAGGGAAAAUGCUGCCUUGGAAGAUAACCAUGUUCUGCACCCUCAUAGUUGUCAGCACAGCUUCCCAAAAUUUUAAUUUUGGCUCAUUCAUCCAUUCACCUAUUUACAGCAAAGGUAACGGAGGAGAGGAACAGAGAGAGUUGCACAGGCAGAAACGGAUGGAUGUGACAUUAGGCAUCUCACCUGUAGAAUACACGAUUGCUGUUGAGAUAAGUCUUCCCGAUUCCUCCCUCCUGGAGGCCCUCAGAAGUUAUUUAAACAGCCUUAGCUUCCCAAUCUCAGUAAAUGCUUCCGAUUCAGCUGUGAACAUUUCAAGCAUUGAUUUUACCACAGUGUGCAGCUCAGAUGGCCCUAAGGGCCCCCACUGUUCUUGUGAGUCUGGCUAUGAAUGGCCUGCCAGGACAUGCAGAGCUACUCCAACCUGUGCCAGUGCUACACCGGCGGGCGAGAGCUGCACCUGCCUUGCACAGCGGCCUCCUCGGGGGACCUACUGUCGACCGCAAUCUGCAGGUGUUCCGUUUAUAUACAUUCUAAAAAUGUCUGUCCGGCUUAACAAAGACUUUGAAGAUGAUCUGAGAAAUCUGUCCUCCAGCAUGUUUAAGCGGUACAAAAGUGAUUUGGAGAAAGCGUUUACCAAGGGAUACAAAUCAUUGCCAGGCUUCAGAAGUGUAAAAGUUGCAGGAUUCAGACCUGGAAGCGUCGUGGUUCAAUAUGAAUUAACAUCAGCAGUGAAUGUGCUAUCAGAAAGUGCAAAUAGAGAUGCAGCUGACGCCUUAGAUCGUUCCUACAAUAUUGUACCCACAUCAUUUGAGAUGUCUUCAAUGGAAGUGCAUGGUGGAACAAACAUCUCGAUUUCUCCUGAAGACAUUUUUGAGGGUGAUACGGUAACAAUGACAUGCGAGUCAAAUUCUUCUUCGGGUGCAACUUGGCACUUCCCAGAAACUUUUAUCCGUGGCAGGGAGCUUCUUAAAAAUGACACUAUAGAUGGAAAGUCAACAUCAACACUGAAAAUUACAAACAUUAAAUUGGAAGAUGCCGGUUAUUACCGUUGCAGCUUUAUGGAAUGGACUCACAAUGUGUCAGUCAUACAUGUUGCUGGGACUAAUAUAACAGUCUCUCCCAUCAAAAUUGUGCCCUCAGAGGAUGUUGUGAUUGUAUGCAAUGGGGGCACUAAAGAACUGAGUUGCUGCACAGACAGAGAUAUGCAGUUCUUCACUUAUUACUGGAAAACAAAUGGAGCAAUAAAUAUUUCAGGGACCACCACUGCCACUCACAACUGUACCAAGUACCUCCUUCAGGCUAAUGAAUCUCAAUGCCCAGCAGACAAGUCUGCAACCAAGACGGAUUACACAUGUGAGCUGAACACGACCAAUGGUGCCCGCAAACACAAAGUUAUCAGUGUUACAUACUUUCGAGUGGCAAAUGUGAGCAUAUCUUCUAGAACAAAUGGCAAGAUUUCCGAGGGACACCGUUUCUCUCUAAGCUGCAACAGUGAUGUGAGCAACUUUGACAGCGUCACCUGGCAAAUCCAAAGUGGAAGCUCCACUAAGCAGGUUGACAGCGUGUGGCACAGCACCAGGCAGAAGGGAAAGGGGGCAACUUCUGUGCUGACAGUCGACAGCGCUAAUCUGGACUGGGCUGGCAACUAUACCUGCACCUUUUCCCAAAGAUUUCUGAACAGCUCUGCACACAUGCAAAUCAACGUGUUUCCUUUGCCACUGAAAAAAGACAUUAUAAGGGAUCCCAUAAAUGCAUCCGUUCCUUGUCCAGGGACUCGGGUUCUAAGGUGCUGUACAAGCAAGAAGGGAAAUUACACUGUGAAGUUCUCUCUUCAACAAAGGCCUCCCUUUGUUCAGGCAGCUUUUCCUACAGAAAGAAGAGGAAAAGACUGCUACCAACACACAGUAAAUUUCACAGAAGCUCGCUGCAAUUCUACAGAGCAUUUAUUACAAGUGUAUUGUGAGUUCACUAACCAAAUUGAUGGGCGUGUUCAAAGUUCACCAAUGGUCCUAAAACUUUUACCAGCAAAGAAGGUAGCAUGCAAUUCUUCAGAGAUUGGCACUGGAGAGGAUGGAGCUGAGCUCACAAGGCCUUGCUUGAAUGAGAAAAACCACCCUGUCAAAGGAAGUAUCACCUAUAAGUGCAAAAAUAAUUUGUGGGAAAUAGUGGGAAAGAGCUGCCUAGCUGUCCCAGUGGAUGACCUUCUCAGUUCUGCAGAGUCUUUGGUGUCUAGUCCUGAGCAAAAGAAGAAUUUGCCUGAAUUCCUCAGCCACCUGAACCGUACCGUCAAGCAACAGCAGCAAAGUAUGAAAGCUGUUGCAAACCUGAAAGCUGUUGUGGAAAUUUUGAAUAUGAUUUCAGUCGUGCCGGUAGCAGCUGAGCGGGCAACAAUGGAAAAUUUUUUAUCCACAGUAGACAUGGUUAUCAGCAGUCCAACAAAAACUUGGAAGGAUUUUGAGAAUGGGACUUCUCAAUUACUGGCUUCAGUGGAACAAUUUUCUGAUUCCCUUCAACCUAUUAACAAUUCUAUUCCUUCCAUCAGCUAUGACAACCUCCAGCUCAAAGGUGUGGUCAUUGACAAAAGCAAGGUUUCAGACUACGAUGAGAGCUUUACAUUCUCCAAGCCCUCAAACCUCAGUGGUAGUGUGCUAAUUAACGAAGCAAAAAUUAAAACUGAAGACUCCAUCUCCACCAUUAUCAGUGUGGCUUACUCAACUUUGGGGCCUAUUAUUCCACAGUAUAAAAAGAUGGAUGAAUUCAUAGUAAAUGGUUUGGUGAUGACAACGCUAAUCAAUGCCAGCAGCAGACUAAGUCAAGAUUUCAGGAUCAUUAUGACAUUUUCGAAGGAUAACAAGACCCUGAAAAAUCCUCGAUGUGUAUUUUGGAAUUUCAGCUUUUCAGAGGAUGGUGGAGGUUGGGACAAUACUGGCUGUGAAAGCAUAGAGAAAGGGGACAAUGUCACUUGCUCCUGUAAUCACUUGACUUCAUUCUCCAUUUUGAUGUCUCCCGGUCAUGAUCCAUGGGACACGUUGGAUUACAUGUCUUACAUUGGUGUGAGCAUUUCUAUAUUGAGCCUGGUGGCCUGCAUUGGCAUAGAAUUUGCCGUGUGGAAAUCAGUGACCAAAGCAAGAAUAUCCUACAUGCGCCAUGUUUGCAUACUGAACAUAGUGAUUUCUCUCCUCAUUGCAGACAUCUGGUUCCUUGUGGUAGCAGUAAUGUAUGACACAAACACAGAAAUGGACCAGGCCUGGCUCUGCAUAGCAGCAGCAUUCUUUGUUCAGUUUUUCUACCUCUGUGUCUUCUUUUGGAUGCUAACAUUGGGCCUCAUGGUGUUCUACCACGUGGUCUUUAUCUUACAUAAUGCAGGCAAGACCAUCAUGAAAGCUCUCGGCUUCUGCUUGGGAUACUUUUGCCCACUAGUUAUAUCUGCUAUCACCGUAAGCAGCACCCACCCCCAUUACACAAGAAAAAAGGUCUGUUUACUCAACUGGGAUGAGAGUAGAGCUCUCUUGGCUUUAGUCAUUCCUGCCAUGAUCAUUGUCGCUGUCAAUGUGAUUGUUACCAUUGUGGUCAUAGCGAAAAUACAAAGACGUUCCAUUGGUGAAAAAUCAAUCAACGAAGAAAGGAGCUCAUUGCAUCGCAUCACCAAGUGUAUCGGUGUUCUGACAUCACUCUUAGGCUUCACCUGGUUAUUUGGUCUUGCUACAGUCAUCCCUGGAAGCCCUAGAGCAUUCCACUACUUAUUUACUCUCUUCAAUGCUUUUCAGGGAUUAUUCAUUCUGCUGCUUGGAAUCCUCUCAGAUAGGAAGGUACGGGAAGCUCUGUGGAAUAAGUGUUCCCUCUCCAGCUGGAGUUCACAACACACAAAGUCAACAUCCCAAGGCAUGUCGGCUCCUAUGCUUUCCAUCAGUUCUCCAUUCUCAAAAACUUUAAACAACUUGUUUGGCAAAACAGGAAAAUAUCAAGUCUCUUCUACAGAACCAACAUCUUCUUCAGCUUCUGAAAGCACUUCAAAGGCAUAUUCUUUGCUAAACUGAGAAGCUUGGAAGACAUCGGAGCUGUUUCCCCUGAUGUUGCAAUAAGGAUGGAAAGAAUUGGUGAAUAAUGGAAGCAUGGACUUUGUAUAGGCUGUAAAGAACUGCGGUGUAAUAGUUUAACAUAAUAUUUCUUUGGUAUACCAUGCACUCUCUGGAAAGUUAAUUCUAAUAUCUGCUCGAUGCUAGAAGAAAUUCAGUGAUGCGGGUCCCAAUGCCGUAAGAAGCUGAUUCCAGCUUGGGAUUCAUCCAGUCCAGCCUUUCGCAUGAUGAAUUCUGCAUAUAAGUUAAAUAAGCAGGGAGACAAUAUACAGCCUUGUCGUACUCCUUUCCCAGUUUUGAACCAAUCAGUUAUUCCAUAUCCAGUUCUAACUGUAGCUUCUUGUCCCACAUAGAGAUUUCUCAGGAGACAGAUGAGAUGAUCAGGCACUCCCAUUUCUUUAAGAACUUCCCAUAGUUUGCUGUGAUCAACACAGUCAAAUGCUUUUGCAUAGCCAUUGAAGCAGAAGUAGAUAUUUUUCUGAAACUCUCUAGCUUUCUCCAUAAUCCAGCACAUGUUUGCAAUUUGGUCUCUGGUUCCUCUGCCCCUUCGAAAUCCAGCUUGCACUUCUGGGAGUUCUCGGCCCACAUACUGCCUUGUAGAAUUUUAAGCAUAACCUUGCUAGCGUGUGAAAUGAGCGCAAUUGUGCGGUAGUUGGAGCAUUCUUUGGCACUGCCCUUCUUUGGGAUUGGGAUGUAGACUGAUCUUCUCCAAUCCUCUGGCCACUGCUGAGUUUCCCAAACUUGUUGGCAUAUUGAGUGUAGCACCUUAACACUAUCCUCUUUUAAAAUUUUAAAUAGUUCAGCUGGAAUGUCAUCACUUCCACUGGCCUUGUUAUUAAGGCCCAUUUGACUUCACUCUCCAGGAUGUCUGGCUCACUCUCCAGGAUGUCAGCAAGCACACUACCUGGGGUGUACGAGACCUCCCUAUCUUUCUGGUAUAAUUCCUAUGUGUAUUCUUGCCACCUCUUCCUGAUGUCUUCUGCUUCUGUUAGGUCCUUUCAACUGUUGUCCUUUAUUAUGGUAAUCUUUGUACGAAAUGUUCCUUUCAUAUCUCCAAUUUUCUUGAACAGAUCUCUGGUUUUCCCCAUUCUGUUGUUUUCCUCUAUUUCUUUGCAUUGCUCAUUUAAGAAGGCCCUCUUGUCUCUCCAGCGACUGAGGAGGGAGCACAAGGCUUCUGCCUCUUGGAUUUGUGUGACUGUCCAGGCUUGUGUGUGUGUUUGUUUCUGGCCGGUGACCUUGCAGGUGACCUUGGAAGUGUGCUCUCCCUGAGCACAUGGUCCGAGGGGGCGGGGCUUCUGUUUAAGCCAUUUUUUAGAUUUAGGGGAGUUAGUCUCAAACAUUUAUUGGGGGAGCCCUAGGCUUCUUUUUUGUCCUGACCUCAAGCUUUUCAAGAUGGAGGGUGAGAGAACAACUGCAGUCACCUGCAAUUCCUGCACAAUUUUUGUAUUCUUGCCAAAGGAUGUAGGCAGCUACACCUGCAGCAAUUGCAAGUUGGUUGCCCUACUAGAAGACAAGGUCCAGCAACUUCAGGCCUGUGUAUCUACGUUCCAGAGAAUUAAAGAGCUGGAGCUUUUCUUGGAUGCAGCAGAGCACAUCUUCUGCACCAAGGAGGAGACAGGGGACAUCCCUGAGGAGGAGGUCAGUUCCCCAACACAGGAGCCAGAUGUAUGGAGGAAUGUGACUCAUAGAAGCAGAAGGCCCAGGGAUCACUCUGAGGGUUUAGAACUACACACUCGAUUCGAAGUGCUCUCCCUUAACAUGGAAGAUGAAGAACAGACUCCAUUUGAAGAUCUCUCCCAUCACAGUUGAUCAGAAAUAUGAAGACGAGCAGCAAAGUCAGUCCUUCGGGAAUAUGCAGGUGACUUUGGAAGGGACAGCACAUGGAAGAAUCAUGACCAAGCCUAUUAGGAGGCGUGUAGUGGUGAUAGGGGAUUCCCUACUGAGGGGUACAGAAGCAGUGAUCUGUGGGCCUGACAAGACGUCUCGAGAGGUGUGCUGUCUCCCCGGGGCCAAGAUCCAAGAUGUAACAGAACGGCUGCAAGGAAUCAUAAAACCCACUGACAAAUACUGUUUCCUUUUGGUCCAUGUGGGAACCAAUGACACUGCAAGCCAUAGCCUCCAGAAGAUCAAAAGUGAUUAUGAGUCUCUGGGCAGGAAGUUGAAGCAAUUAAAUGCAUAAAUUGUCAUCUCAUCUGUCCUCCCAGUUGAACGACGUGGCACAGGGAGAGAGGGAAAAAUAGGGGAAGUGAACAACUGGCUUCGCAAAUGGUGCAAACAGGAACGGUUUGGAUUAUUAGACCAUGGUCUGCAGUUUCUUGAAGAUGGACUUCUGGCAAGUGAUGGGCUGCACCUCAGAAAGGUUGGGGGGAAUGUUUUUGCCAAGAAUCUAAAAAACCUCAUCAGGAGGGCUUUAAACUGACUUAUGUGGGGGAGGGAGACAGUGGUCCUGAAGUAGGAGUCUAUCAAAUGCUGAAGAUGAUCAUCCAAAUGUCAAGGACCAAAUGGAGCAAAUAGCACGCAAACCUAGUGGUGGGAGGAGAAAAUCCUUAAAUAAGAGCCUAGGGGGGUGAUCAGUGGUCUUCAAUGUCUGUAUACUAAUGCACAGAGCAUGGGAAAUAAACAUUAGGAAGAACUUCCUGACAGUAAGAGCUGUUCGACAGUGGAAUUUGCUGUCAAGGAGUGUGGUGGAGUCUCCUUCUUUGGAGGUCUUUAAGCAGAGGCUUGACAGCCAUCUGUCAGGAAUGCUUUGAUGGUGUUUCCUGCUUGGCAGGGGGUUGGACUGGAUGGCCCUUGCGGUCUCUUCCAACUUUAUGAUUCUGUGAUUCUCCUUGGUAUUUUUUGGAAAUCUGCAUUUCCAAAAGAGAUACAACAGGCACCUCAAACGAGUUCCUUGCUGGAUUGUAGCAUUUCUGGGUGGGUUUGUUUUUGUGUUUUUUGCAAUGUUUGAAGCCGGACCUCCCAAACUUUUCAUAUGUACAUAUAGGCACACCUGAAAAAUCAGAAAAACUGUUGUGGACCCUCCUACAAAAUGGUGGUUGUGAGGACCUUGCUAGUACAAAGCACAAGUAAAUUGCUCAAGAAGCAAACACAGUUUAAGCUUGAGCCAGACAAUGCAAUUGUUCUCACAAAGCACAAUAAAAUACCAACUUCACUGGAAGAAAACUGAUGCUCAGAUAUGCACACCACAGACAAACCCCAGCAAUUUGCAUUGCAACAGCCAAUUGCAAAAUGCGAAACACGUUCUGGCUGAAAUGAAUGGGGCUGUUUUUAACACUAAAUGGCAGGCCCAAGGGGUUGAUCUGCAUCAGGCCCCUCAUAAUGUGUUUUCACCUUUUGCUGCCUAUUGGAGUCUCAAUCUGGAUUGUAUUCGCACUACUGUACCAUUAAGCACCCACCACCACAUGGCGUAGAGCCCCCUGCAGUAGCAUUUUAUAGGGAGGCUCUGUGGCUUCCCCUCUUCCCCUCCCCAGCUCAUCUCCUCUCUCUUCACUCCCUCCGGUUUCCAAAGGGGCACCUGGCACUGCCCAAAGGCCCAGGCGCUGGGCAGCACAGGCUCUGUCUCCUGCAGGCUGCUGGGGGGCUCCGCUUCCAGGAGCAGCCCAAGGCCGAGCAAAACAUAGCAGGUGGACAGGAGGCCUUGAAGGGGCAAGGGAGGGGGUUCUCGUGGCGCCCACAAGGGCCGACGGGACACCUGGAGACAAGGCUACACUGACCUGUGCAGGAAAGAGUGAAGUUGAAUGAAGCAGGACUCCUGCUUAAGAAAGAGUAAUAGGACUAUCAUUGCUUUACUAAAAUGAAGGGGAAAUUUCUAACUUUUCUGUAAACAUGUAAAUAUAUAUUUAUUUAUGGUCAUACUUAAUAAAAGGUGCUUGCACUGUGUUUAAACAAACACCUUGCCCUCCGUUAACCAUUUCUUUUCAAACAGCAACUAUAGAUAGCUGCUGAAUUACUACUUGCCAGCUUUUGUUUCAUGCCAGCAGUUCACAGGAGGAGCUGCUUCAGAUGGUUCCGUUCUACAUGCCAGAACAGCCAGUUCCACAGAUAAAUUCAGAGGCAGCUCUUAACUGGCACUAGACGAGACGGAGUAGUAGGAGUCCAGAAAACAUUCUUAUUCUAUUCUCUAUUCCUGAUCCAAACUGGAGGCGUACUGGAAACACUGUGUGACUUCUACCUCCUUGUGAACUUUUCUCACGCCAGAAUGUCCACGACAGCUUCUCGGGCAGUUUAUUUCUAAGAGGGUCACACCCACGUCACAAAGGUUAAGGUUUGAGAAGAGGCCUUGUUUUGAGAAGCAGAGAGUGUGCAAACUAAACCAGACACAAAACAAGCUUUUUAAAGGAUGAAAACCUAAAAAAGUAAAGGUGCCGUUAACUUAUGAAUCCAUUUCUGUAAUGAUAGGAAGCUGCCUUCUAAUGAGUCAGACCACUGGUCCGUACUGCCCAGUGCCGUCUACAUGGACCAGCAGCGGCUCUCCAGGGUUUCAGGCAAGGGUCUCACCUUGCUCUGCUUAGAGAUGCUGUGGCGAUGAAGCCUUCUACAUGCAGAGCAGAUGUUCUACCGCUGAGCUAGGCCCCCUUUUCAUCCCUAGUACUCAGUUUGAAACUCAGUUUCAUUCCUUUGGCAUUCUAUAGGUAACUAUUGUACCACACGUUGUGUCACAACUUCGUUGUGGAGUUAACAAUAAUUCACAAGUAACCUUUCCCCAUUGUCUUUGGUGCUGAGGACUACACACCCAUAAACACCAACAGCAAAGCAUUUUAGGAGGAAAGGAGAAAGGAUACUGCAACAUUCCUUUUUUAUAAAUAUAUUUAUUAAAGAUUUUCUCAAACAACAGAGAAUACAAAAAAAGAAAAAAAGAAAAUACAAAACAACACAAGUAAAAAGAAAAAGAAAAUCCUAGCAAUCAAAUCUUAUUAUAACUUCCUUUUAAGACUUCCCCGACUCUCUCCAUAUUGGGUCCAUUAUCACAGCUAAAUUAACAGUAUUCAAUAUAUUCACUAUAUUCCAUCAAACUAUUUAUGAUAUUUUCUAAACCUUUUAUAUAAUAUCCCAUAUCUCGAUUCUACUUUUAUCUCCUUUUAUCCAAUAAUUCCAAUCUAUCAUUUCUAUUUUCCUUUAAAUCUAUAAUCUAUAACUUCCCCUCACCUUCAUUUUUUGCUGACAAUGAAUCAUCCUUCAAUUAUUAACUCUUAUAUCUCAAUACAUUUAUAACAAUAUUAAAAUUUCAUCCCUCCUUCCACCAAUUCCAGAUUCUCUGGAAAUUUUUAGCAAAUUCCAUUAUUCAGACCAGUAUCGGGUCUUCCAUAUCAUCCAUCCAUUAAUUCAUCAUAUAAUUCCUUUAACCCAUCCCCACCCUUUUCCAUAUCCUCAUACCCGCUUUUUUACACCACUCCUUCUGUUUCUCCCUCCCUCUAUCUGCCUCCCAACACCCUCUAACUUCUUUAAGGUUUUCCCCAAAUAUGCCCUGUCCUCCCCCUCUCACUGGGAGGGCAAAAGCCCAUCCUAAUUUUCCCUUGAGUGGUUCUUGUAACAAGUCCUUCCUCUGUUCCACAUCUCUCACUUUGGAACAUUCUCUUCAUUUUCCUCCUCUUCUUCAGUGUACAAAUCAGUCUGCUGCUCUGUUUCCAUAUUCAUUGUUAAUAAAUCCUCUUAAUCCUCUAACGCCUCUCCAGAUCUAUUGUCCAAAUAUUUUCUUAUUUGUUGG